AUGGGAUUCAACAUACUUAUAAUUAAUCCUAACAGUUCUAAGAAAGUUACAGAUAAUCUUACGAAAAUUUUAGUAGAACCUCCAGAAACUAAAUUUCACUAUUAUACGGCGCCUGAUUCAGCACCUAAGGAAAUUACAAAUGAAGAUACUUCGAUUUUAUCAGAGAAAGCAGUUUUACCAGAUAUUAUUGAUCACCAAUUAAUUGAAAAGUAUGAUGGAUUCUUAGUAUGUUGUUAUUCAGAUCAUCCAUUAAUCUACUCAUUAGGAAAGCUUACCAAGAAGCCGAUAUUAGGAAUCAUGCAAGCUACAUUGUUAUAUAGUCUUCUGAAUGCUUGUUUUAGAAAGCUGUUUAUAUUAACGAGUGUAAAUGAAUGGGAAUCAAUCCUUGAUCAUGCUAUAACUGAUUUUGUGGGUAUUGAAACGGGACAAUUUCCAUUCAAGAAGUUUGAAAGAACUAAAGCAUUAGAUGUUAGUGUGUUAAGUCUAAGUGAUCCACAAGAAUUUAAAAAGAUUUAUGAUAGAGUAGAUCUGAUAAUUAAUGGUGAAUAUAAAGAUUCGCACAUAGAUUGUGUAUUGCUUGGCUGUGCUGGCAUGGCUGGUUUAGAUGAAAAAUUAUCUCAAGCAUUCCCAGCUAUACAAUUCAUAGAUAGUGUUAAGAUAGGCGUUCAAUUGUUAGUUUCUUUACUACACUUUCAUAAUAACUAA